AUUAAUAAUAAUCAUCACCUGGCUACGGAGCCGACGCUGGAAGAUGGAGCCGAGAUUGUGAGCCAGGACGGAUUGAAUAAAGUCAACCAGCGGCUGCGAUUGAGCAGACAAUUUGUGAUCCUCAUGUUCGCGCCCAUCGCUUCCCUAUCACCACCUCCCUCCUUCCUCGAUCUGCUAGCCGUGCUCUGCACAUCCGAGCUCUCCUUCGCAGCCUCCCCUCCGCCGCCGGACUCCGCCGAGUCAGUCGCCGGUUCCUCCUUCGCCCUCCGAUCGGACUUCUCGAUGCUGUUCGAGCUUCCGUUGCAGGAGUCCGCCCGGCCAGAUUUUCGAUCCGGUUCGGUUCCGGCCGGUUCAGAUUCUUUCUCGCCGGUUUUUGACUUCUCCGCCGCGGGAUCUGUCGAGUUCGACUCGUUCACCGACAGCCGAUCCUUGUCUAUUCCUUCUCCGCCGCCGCCCGCCGACUCCCUAAUCCAACUACUCGAUGUUGAGAUCGUAGCGCUCCACCUCCCGCCGGAGCUCCGCCACCCUCAAUUUCCUCAGCUCCUCCAGCAGAGGCGCGGCGGACUCGUCGCCGCCCGAUUUACCAUCGCCGCCGCCGGCGGUGGCAUCCGAAUCUCGAUUGGGGGCGACGACGAAGCGGCGUUUGAGGUCGAGGUACUUGGACCGGCAGAUGUUCGGGGUGUAGGAGAGGUUGGGUUCGGAGGUCCGCUUCCGGAGCUCGGACGCGAUGGAGUCCCAAGAGGCGGUGCCGUGGCGGUUGACGGCGAAGGCGAGGAUGAGCUCCUCCCAGGUGCCCCAGGAAGGGGUUGGCGCGUCAUCGACCUUCGCCGCCAGCGCGUCGCCUUGCGGUUUGUUCAUGAACAUUGA